AAGUUGCUGGUAAACUUCCUGGCAAUCUUGAAACGUUUAUGACGGACAGUAAACAAGUGGUGGUCGUCUCUUUUGGUACAACUCUCUCAAACUAUCGACCAGAUUUUAUUGAAAUGUUGGCAGAUGCUCUGGGGAAAUUGCCUUUUUAUGUGUUAUGGAGGCAGUUUGGUUACCUUCCUGAAAAAAUAAGCCCAAACAUAAAAAUCGUCACUUGGUUUCCGCAGAACAAUCUACUCGGACACUCUUCCACCAAAGUGUUUCUCACACAUGGUGGUUUAAACAGUUUUCUGGAGAGCAUGUACCAUGCUGUGCCAAUGGUAGUGAUACCAUUGUUCGGCGACCAGCAUAAACAAGCAUGGCUUGUCAAAAUUAAAGAACUUGGUGUAAGCCUGGACAAAAAUGUCAUAAAAUCUGAGGAUAUAACCAGAAGCAUAAUUGAAGUGGCAAACAACAUGAAGUACAAGGACAAUGCAAAGCAUAUUUCUAGGUUGCUCCGAGACAGGCGUCAAAGCCCUGCCGAAGAAGGCGCAUACUGGAUUGAGUACGCUUUAAAGCAUCAAGGGGCACAGCAUCUAAUGAGCAGUGCUUAUGAUAUGCAGUUGUGCCAGUUCUAUAUGUUUGACGUGUUUUUGUUUGUGUUGGCGGUGAUUGUAGUUCUUGUUUGUAUGUUUCUUGGUCUUUGUUAUUUUAUGAUUUGUCGAAGAAAAUCAAAAAUGCCAGAAAAAGAGAAGAUGACAUAGGGGGCCUAGAAAGACGGGUCAAGGGUGGAGAAAGGAACCAUGGGAGGGAGAGGGGGAAUUAAACCCAUUGAGCCACAAUGCACCCCCAGUGCACUUCAUUUUUUAUACUUGUCUAAUGCCAGACGAUUUUACUUGUCAAUGGGGAAGAUCUGCAGCUUAAUGGGUUAAUCACACAAAUUUUACAUGUAGACUACUGUACAUCGAGCAUUCCUCUUUUGAGUUCCUAACUUGAUUGCAAUUUUUUACCUUACCUUGCAAAUUGCAAAUAUGAAAAACUCAAAAUAUUUCGGUCUAUUGGUAUUGAAAAUACUGGUAUUGUGUAACGUAAAAGUUUUUAUACUACCAUUGUUAUAAAAUAGAAAGGUUCUAUAAGUUAUUAACAUGCUAUAAAAAUUCAAAUAAUUCUCAAUUAUUAAAUUAUUCCCCUUUAAAUAUAAACCAUAUAACCUUUCAAAGUUCUUUCUCGUCCUUAGUUCUGCGUACCCCCCGGGAAUAACCCAUAACCAGUAAUAUUUCCGGGCGGAGUAUUUGUGUAGAGUGUUUAGUGUUUACUCAGAGGUGUUUACUUUCGCGGCAAAAUGGCGGCGAAUUUUAAAGGAAACUCUUUGUUGCAAAUUAGUCGGGUUUUUGUUUUAUUGUGUUGUUUUAUUGCCGUGGUUUAUAUCGAGAAAGCUUCGAGUAGUCACGUACUAGGCAUGGCGAACUUAAACUAUGUCAGCCAUAACAGAGUUCUGUGGAAAAUUGGCAAAGAACUUCAAGCAAAAGGGCACAAAUAUACACAAGUUUUACCCAGCUGUGCUAAAGAGCGUUACACAGACAUCGAUGUCAAGAUUUUCAAUACAUCUGUGACCAAUGAAGAUAUAGAGGAAUUUCAUUCAAUCUUCAUGAAAAUGGAUGAUAUUAAUAGCGUUUUUGGAGCAUUUAAACUUUUCAAAGAAAUCCAGAAUAAUAUCGGUGUCGUGCUACAACAAUUUUGCAAUGAUCUCUUUGGCAGCGACCACUUGAUCUCUGAAAUAAAACAAUCGGUUGACCUACUUUUAUGUGACACUACUAAUUAUUGUUGUUCUGUCUUGGCAACGGCAUUGAAUAUUACUCGGGUAGACAUUGCACCUGUUGGUUUUACAGGGGUUUUAGGUGCAGUCUAUUACAAUAUCCCUAUUGCCUACCUCCCGCUGGAAUCCACGCCAGACUCCCCUGAUGCAUUUUCAUUUAUAAAUCGGUUGAAAAGUUUUAUGGUUUUUCUAGUUACCCGCAGCAUAAAUAACGCAUUUUUCAAAAUGGUCUCCCAAGUAUCAUUGGAAAAAUAUGCCUCAAAAGCUGUUGUGGACACAAUAAAGCCGAGUGGAAUUGCUUUGAUUCCACACGAUUUUGCCUUUGAGUACCCGAGACCUCUCACGCCCAAUGUAAAAGUCAUCGGGCCUGUUUUACCAGAAGUUGCUGGUAAACUUCCUGACGAUCUUGAAACGUUUAUGACAGAUAGUAAACAAGUGGUAGUCGUUUCUUUUGGUACAACUCUCUCAAAUAAUCGACCAGAUUUUAUUGAAACGCUGGCAAAUGCUCUGGGGAAAUUGCCUUUUUAUGUGUUAUGGAGGCAGGUUGGUUACCUUCCUGAAAACAUAAGCCCAAACAUAAAAAUCGUCACUUGGUUUCCGCAGAACGAUCUACUUGGACACCCUUCCACCAAAUUGUUUCUCACCCAUGGUGGUUUAAACAGUUUUCUGGAGAGUGUGUACCAUUCUGUGCCAAUGGUAGUGAUACCAUUGUUUGGUGACCAGCAUAAACAAGCAUGGCUUGUCAAAAUCAAAGAACUUGGUGUAAGCUUGGACAAAAAUGUCAUAAAAUCUGAGGAUAUAACCAGAAGCAUAAUUGAAGUGGCAAACAACAUGAAGUACAAGGACAAUGCAAAGCAUAUUUCUAGGUUGCUCCGAGACAGGCGUCAAAGCCCUGCCGAGGAAGGUGCGUACUGGAUUGAGUACGCUUUAAAGCAUCAAGGAGCACAACAUCUAAUGAGCAGUGCUUAUGAUAUGCAGUUGUGCCAGUUCUAUAUGUUUGACGUGUUUUUGUUUGUGUUGGCGGUGAUUGUAGUUCUCGUUUGUAUGUUUCUUGGUCUUUGUUAUUUUAUGAUUUGUCGAAGAAAAUCAAAAAUCCCAGAAAAGGAGAAGAAGACAUAGGCAGCCAAGUGUGGAUCAAGGAUGGGAAAAGAAACCAAAGAAGGGAGGGAGCAAAUUAAUUACUCGCACAAAUGUUAAUGUAAAAAUUUUUAAAUUGUAAAUAAAUAAAUAGUAAUAAUUAAUGAAUAGCUAUGUUGGUCAGAAUGGUAUUGGUGCCAGGGAAUUCCUAACCUGCUAUCAUGCUCCACCCAUAGGCCUACAGGAAGGGGGGGGGGAUUUUUGGGCAACCUUGGUGCAUAUUCCCUGACCAAUCAAAACUGGCAAAUUCCCUUACUAAUUUUUUGUCAUGGGGUUGGGCAAAAAAUGUAAUUUUACUAUUAUCUUAUAUCUACUAAUAAGUUACUAUUAUCUUACAUAUAUUUCUUGCAUAUAUUUCUUGGGGGGGGGGGGUGGAGCUGCCAUUGCUUAACCAUUUCACGAAAAUUUAAAAACAUGUUUUUAACUGGGUAAAUUUUAUUUUCCAUCUGGACUGAUGUCUAAAGUCUUUAGUAACCUGUUAGCCUAUUUUUACAUUUUCAAGACAAAUUUCACUUAUGAAAGCUCAGCAUUGAAAGACCUUUUUAAAACCAACCAGUCCGGUAGACCUAGUAGUUAAAAUCCAAAAAGUACAUUCAAUUUAUGCAGUAAAAUUGUUACAUUCAAAAAUUGUUACAUCCGAAGCUCGUCUAGUCUGUCCUGGCCUCAAAAAAAUUCUCGUUUCCUGGGGAAAAAUUACCGGAAAUCUUUUUUAGCCUUCCCAACCUCUAUUGAGCCCCCCUUCUGAAUUCUGAUAAACCCCUAGAACCACUGGAAGAAAGCCCCCACUCCCCACAGGGGGGGGGAGGGGCUAAAUGGAGGACGAAAAGUAAUUUUAAAAUGAAGAUGUUGUAACGUGACCUUAUGAAGUGGUUCAUCUUCAUCAAAUCAUCUUUUGUUCAGGCGUUCAGUCAUUUUACAUUUGAACGAUCCAAUCACAAACAUAUGGUCGUUGAUAUUCAAGGUACUUUUUUUCUGUACAAUAAAUUUAUUUGGUGAAUUGUUUCUCCUAAAUGUGUUUGAUUUUGAAGAAGGAAAAUCUUUUUCAGAUGUUUUUGUGUAGUGGCCUGUACAAUGGCCCAAAAUUUUCACUUUUUAUUCUAUUUUUAUUUGUUUGGCCAGGUGUUGGAGACCUGUACACAGACCCUCAGGUUCAUAGUACAAAUCUGAAGGAAUAUGGAGACGCAAAUCUUGGGACGAAAGGAAUGGCGUUGUUCUUCAAUUCACAUCGUUGUAAUAAGUACGUAUAAGGGCUACAGUUGGUUAAAGCAGUGGUGGCGUAACGUUAUAUUUAUCAGGGGGCCCACAGUUCAAAAUGUUCGAAGGCUACCCUAGUAGAAGUGCCAAAGGCACGAGUUGAUCGCCGUAUAUGCACGAGUUUUCUAGGGGUCAAGGGCCAGCCUGCGGGCAGCCCCAUACCACGUCAAGGGCGUGCUCACCCAGAAAAUGUUUGAAUCUAGGCUCUCUGAAAUGCCAUUUCCCAGACUUUGGGGAGAGAUUUUACAGAAUUCUGAUGGUCAGAAAACGACAUUGUGACCUAUCAGAGGCCCUGGCAAAUGUUUUUGCUCUACAGCCUGAGUCUGGGGGCCCCAUUUGGCCCGUUGGGGUUGGAGGCCCGGUCCGAGCCCAUAGUAGUUACAUUGAGCCACUCCACGUGUGAAAUAUUUUAAUUAAAAGGACCUUUUUCGCAUGUUUUCCUCAAUUAGGAUUUGUGAAUCAAUGGGCCUGUCACCUUUCGACUUGAGCGACCUCGAGAUGAAGAGGAUAGAAAACCAAGAUCAACUAUUGACAAACUCGCUUACUUUGAGUAAAGAUAUCGCCUGUCUCUCAGUAUCUGCCUCUGAUGAUCCCCCACUAUCCUCUCCUCCAUAUUCACCUUGUUCGUCUUAUUCCCCCAAUAGCCCCAACUCACCUCAUUCGCCCCCUCUGUCUGCGUCAUCAAUAGAGUCGGAUUCCAUGAGCGACUCGUCCGAAUCUUCUUCAAAUUUUGGAGACAGUAGUGGGGUAUGUACUGUAAAGAAAAUCUAGCAAUAGUACCUCGAAAGUAGUACCUCGAAAGUAGUACCUCGAAAGUAGUACCUCGAAUGUAGUACCUCGAAAGUACUUAGACCUGGCAAUAGAGCUUCGUUUUCGGGGUUGACCUAAUUAUAUAAAGGUCUUAUACACUAUCCAGUAUAACUGUUUGAUUUCGUCAAUAUGUCCAUCUGUAACCCAAUAUUUCAAUCAUGAAAACGAGGCUCUAUAGCCAAGGCUGAGUAUUUUCCAGAAGGGUGUAUUCAGUGCAAUGGUAUGCAAUGCAAAGCUAUACAAUUCAAUUCAAUGCAUAGCAGAGUAAAGUAAAGCGAUGCAAUGCAAUUAAAUACAAAUGAGUGCAAAGCAAGUUAAAACAAUGCAAAGCAAUGACCCCACAGAAAAGCAUUUCGGUGAUGUGAGUAUCCUGGUUAAAUAUGAAUAUAAUCAUAAUAAUAAUGCGAAAAAAUUCAAUGCAGAGCAGAGCUCUGAAUUGCAAGGGCGCAGUUCAAAUGUGACCGAGCCUUAAGGCUGGUUUACACUAUCAAAGUUUCUGUGAAGUGUUAUAAUAAGGGAAAUGACUCAUUGUUUAACACUGUCAGUUCCUUCAAACAGUUCUUGCAAAUCCUUCAAAACUUUACCUAUGCAAAAUUCCUAAUGUGAUCACAGAAACUUUGAUAGUCCAAGCCAGCUUUUUAUUAGAGCACAUCUGCCGAAUAUACAAUUACUUUAUGGUUUCCGUCAGUUUGGAUGGCCUGAUCCAAACACGCGGGAAUGUUGCGAGAGUUAAGAUAAGCGCGCGCAACACGAGCCGAAGGCGAGUGAUUUUGCGCGCUUUUCUUAACUUGAGCAACAUUCCCAAGUUUUUGGAUCAGGGCAUCAGGCCAUCCAAACACGGAAACCAGAAAGUAAUUGCUUUAUAAAAUAACAGCUUUCCGUGUUAAAGUUUCACUUUAAAUAACUUUCACUUUAAAUUUCCGUGUUUGGAUGGCUUGAUCCAAACACGGGUUUCGACCAAUCAGAGCACGCGUUAUAUACAUGUUAUUUUAUAAUUACUCUUUCCAACAGUUGGUAAUGUUUAAGGAACAUGAAAAGUAUAUUUCUAGUUGUUCUUUAUUUUAGAAUUUUAUUAUUGUUUUAGGAUGAUAGGAGCGGAGGUGAAGACUAUUUCUUUGGUUCGGGCGCGUAUUCUCACAGAUCAUCAUCUGUAUCAAUUGAAACCCUCGCAAUGGCCAAACUUCUACGAAAACUUUCUCAAAAUCAAUCCGUUCUUGGAGAGGUAAAUUAAUAAUCUAAGAUUGCCAUUAUAACAUGGCCUUAUGGACAAAAUAAACUGAAUGCUGAACUUCAUUUAUACUAAAUAGUAUGUCUGAACCAGAGUUGGAUAAAAGAAGAUUAAAAAUCUUUUUUCUUUUAUUAAUAAAAGAAGAUUUUCAGUAAUAAAAGAUUUUUGGCAUUCGAAAAAAUAUACGAUGACGUCAUGAUGUGACGUAAUAUUGGUACAUAUACAUCUUUGUGUGACGUCAUCACGUCAUUCAGUUGCAUGAUGUUAAAUUUUUAAUAUAACUUUGAUCAGUUUUACGUAAUCAUCGUGCUCUUGAAUCUCGACUAGCGUUAUACUACCGUUACUAUGACCUCGACUGGUGAGGGUAAUAUUUUAUUACUUUACUUUGUCUUAAAGUCCCCAAUAUGCAAUGGAAGUCAAUUUCUGCCAUCGUUCCUCAUAGGCCGAAUGACUGAAAUUUUUACUCCAGAUAUAUAGAGCUGACUGGGUCUAACUCAAAGCCCUCUUCACACAUAUGUAUCAAUUUUAUUUUCCUUAGAUUCAUUUCGUCCUGGCGGAACUGAACGAAAUGGGAAGAUUUACGAAUCAAGAGCCCGAUCUUGAAUCAGCCACGUUUCAUUUGGAGCAUGCUGCCUCUUGUUUUUAUCCAAAAGCCGUGAAAAUUCAGGCGCAAAUUUACCUUCAGUUGCCGCACGACGUCUUGUCUUCAUUGUCUGCUGAGGUGAGUUCUGGUCAAGUGGCCGAGAAUGAUUUUUUAAUGCAGUUUACAUUCUUUGAAAUGAAUAUAACUGCAACGCUACCUUCAGUCUCAGAUAAACUGCCUAUCUUUUUCUUGAAGCCAAAUCUUACCUCCAGACACGCGUAAGAUCACGCGUUUUUAUGACAUGAUUGACUGAUUGAGCGCUCUUCGUAUGCAUGAAAAGACUGGUAUUGGCCAUCAAAUUUCCGGUUGGGGAUAGCGUUCCAGUUCUAUGCAGUUCAGUGGUUUAUAUACACUGCACCAGCAUGACAUCAUCUCCUCUCUUUGCCUUUGUAAACAAAACCCUAAUAUGUUUUGUAUUGCUGACUUGCGACAAUUAAGGUAUCACUGGAAAAAUAUAGUGAAAUUGAUACUUUGGAAUUUGCGAAUGGAUCACUAAAUCCAUAGUAUAUCCAUACUAUUUCCAUACUAUAUCCAUGGUAUGCAAAUUGCAAUUAGUAUGAACAUUGGAUUUCCAUACUAUUUUCAACGAAAAUCCAUACCAUUUUCAUAGUAAGGAUUUUGAAAAAAAUUUCAGUGUAUAUGACUUAAAACUACAGUUGAACGGACACUGUUGGGACGUCACAAAUGUGCUUGGUUAAAGGAGUUUAAAGGAGGUGUAUGCUUAACAGGAGUUAUAUAUAAUAAUAGCAUUGAAUUACUACUGGGAUCAGAGGUUUGUGUCCGCUUAAAAGGAGUGACCGCUUACAGUAACAGAGGUGUCCGUUUAAUGAGGUUCGGCUGUAUUUGAAAAAUAUUUUUCAGUAUACAAUUUCGGAGUUUGUGUUUAGGAGUCCCUAGCGCUCUUAGUUAAGGCAUUCAAGCCAGCUGAAGACUGGUAUGUAGAUCUGUGUUUGCCCCAAUUUACAAUUCUUACUUUAGGCAGAUGUGCACCGUUUCGAGAUCUGGUGUUUUAAUCAUGGAUAGGGCACGGUUCCGCCUCUGUGGAAAGGGGUGGAAAAAUAGGCGAGCACGGCUCGGCUAAGCCUGCAGGCAUGUGUGUACUAAAAUUUUCACACCCAUAUUUACAACAUGCAGCAUAUUUUAUUGAGGUGUUUUUUUAUAUUCACCAGGACAAUGAAGAAAACAGAGAACGUGGGAUUCAAUGUAUGGAGACUGCCAGUGAAAAUGGUGAUAGGGAAGCUAUGUUAUACAUGGCACGUGCUUUUGACACUGGCGCUGGACUCACAAGUGAAAGGUGAGACAGCUAACUACCUAUGUUUCAACUGGAUAGUUCCGUCAAUUCUGAACUCUUCUCCCUGGCGUUCAACGAAGAGCUAUCUAUGUAUUUAGUUAGAGAGGAACAUGGCCGGAUUUUGAGGGGAGGUGUGGGGAGGUGCGCACCUCCCCUGAGAUCGUUUUGCACCUCCCCUGAGAAUUUUUGCACCUCCUGAAAAUUCAUGCACCUUCCCUCGGAAAAUUGAAACCUUUGAUGCCAAAUCACUUGACAUUGUUUUACGUACUAAGCACAGACAGAUAUAUUCCAGGCUGGAAGACAUCUUUGCAACACUUGUAUGGUUACUAAGUCGUCUUGAGUAAAGUUUUGAUGUUGACCAAUCUUUUUAUUUUUCAUUUCAAUUUUUCAUAUUUUUAUGUGUCCUUUAGUUCACAGUCGUGGUCAGAAGCAGUGCGUCUGUACGAAGAAGUCAUCCAAUCAAUGGAGAGCGACACAACCGAAACCACCGCAGUCCAGUUAAUAACAGAUCCUCUGUCCAAACUGUACGCACGAGUGGCAGAGAUGUAUAGAGACGGAGGUCAUGGGAUUGAACGGGAUCCUCAGAAAUCAGGGGAUAUGUAUAACAGUGCUGCCGAACAUGCCAUGGCGGAGAUGAAGGGGAAAUUAGCGAAUAAAUAUUUCGCGCUCGCUGAGGAAGUCUGGGGCGAAUUAGAGGAGUGAUAUUAACAAAGGUAUGAUAAGGCCUUAAGGCGGUUUUCCACUAGGCGAAAUUUUUCGACCGAAUCGAAAUUUCUCUUUGUUUCAUGAGCUGUCAAGCAGAACCAAUUGUAAAAAGACAAAGAGAAAUUUCGUUUCGGUCGAAAAAUUUCGCCUCGUGGAAUCAGGCCUUUAAUUCCACGACAAGCGAAAUGCGAAAAAUUUUCAAAUCUGGAAGCUUCUUUGAAAACCGUUGCGCUUUGUUCGGAAAAAAAGUUGGUCAGUCAAUUAUGAUUUAUUGUAUAUUAUACGCUAUAGGUAUUAAGUUAGCAGGGAAUUUUGUAUUUGGACGUACUUAUACUGCAUUGCUGCAGUACGGAAAUGAGUUCAAUGACAUUUACUAUUUGAUAAUAAAAUUAAUACAAUUUUCUUGCAUUCUUUUCCAAUGAGUUCUUUUGGUUUUGGUUUUUGCGUCUUUAUAUCAACGAUACAGUCAUUGGCUGUUUGAUGUAUACUUCACUUUUUCGCGUGGUUAACGUUUUGUCUAUAAAUGAAAAUUAAAGAUUUAAUCGUGGAAUCGUGGAUGUUAGCAAGAGUCGUUAACAAGUCUUAUUUUACAAGUCCAUGCCAAGUCACAAGUAAUUUCUUGGAAGCCAAGUGUCAAGUCACAAGGCAUUUUGUCCGUGACCAAGUCAAGUCGAAAAUCAUUCUGUCCAGUCUCUCUCCUCCGCAGAGCCUCCUUAAGUAUUUACAAAUAACUUACAUGAAGUUUCCUGAAUAAAAGUGAGCGCGCGCGGUGUGAUGGGAAGAUCUUGCGCGCUCACUUUUCCCUCACUAGAAACUUCAUGUAAGCCUCUGCGGAGGAGAGAGCUGUCCAGUUAAACUUUUUUCUGCUAUGAACUGAGGAGUCAUCCAUGCCAGAUUUCAGCAUACUUAAUAGCCACGGUUUUAGCAUUUGAUUCGAGGCACCGUAGCUCUGCUCCGUGAUCAGACAUGAGUCAUAAGGUGGCUGCCAUGGGCGCCCUUAGAAAGCCUUCGACUCGAUCAGGUUGAGCUGCGUCCUUCGUAAUUGGGCUUAGAUCUCAGCUGCAAGUAAGGAUGAUUAGCACACACCCCACUUACUUACAAGUAAUUUCUUGGAAGCCAUGUGUCAAGUCACAAGGCAUUUUGUCUGUGACCAAGUCAAGUCGAAAAUCAUUCUGUCCAGGGUUUUUUUUUUACUAUUAAUUGGGGAGUCACCCAUGCCAGAUUUCAGCAUACUUUAUAGCCACGGUUUUUAUAGCAUUUUAUUAGAACCACAUUUGGGGCAAGAGUGAUGUAGUUUCAUGUUUGUAUGAGUUCAAAUGAUACUCUUCCUACCUUAGAAGGUUGCUUACAAAUCUUAGCACAUUUCUUCAUGAAUUUUCCCAGCUUGCCGCCUUCCUUAGAUUUUGUUCUACUGAUGACUCUCGCGAUACUUGCUUGCGCUUCGAUCUCCUUUUCUUUCUUCUUUUCAACAUGCGUCGCUUCUGCUGCCAUUCUUGCAGCCACGCCUGCUGUUGUAUGUUUGAGACCACAGAGUUCCUGCUCGAUACCUCGCUUUGUCCUUUCCAGAAUUUCCUCCUCGUUGCAUUUCGGGUCAUCGUAGCCGCCGUGCUCUUUGUGCUAGGAAAAGAAAGAUCAGUUCCCAUAUUAAGGGUCCGAUCAAACAACGGUGAAAGUCGUGCCCUCCGAGAGAGAGGGCAGCAUGUAGGGGACUUUGACUCGGGCCCUCAACUCAAAAGGAGCCCCCAAAGCAACGAAGGCCCUUAAAAUUUCUUGAAUCAAGAUUGCUUAAAGGACAUUGGCAAUAAAAAAUUAGUUUAGUUGAUCAUUUGAAAGAACUCUUGAAACUAUAUAUAUUAAACUCUUUUACAGAAUGUUUACAUCUUGCUUAGUUUUCAAAAUAUUUCUACUCGAUUUCAUUUUGGAUUAUUGAGGAUAUGCAUCUUCUUACUUCAAGAGAACCUCGUUAACUAUGGUUUUGACGACGUGAGGAGUUGGGUUAACCAUAUAUAAAACGACUUUAAAAUGACCAAGUAACAAUCCAAAAUUGUUUGAAAUGUUUUUGAUCAUUUCUAAAUUUCAGAGAGCGACCAGAAAUGAAGUUUUGGACCCAUAUUGAUUGCUUACUCUCAAGACAAAAAAUUAGCGUAACCCUCAAGAAUUAGUCCAAGAUGGCGGACAGCUCAUCAAUUUUGGUCUAAAUAUUUCGAGAACUAAGCAACAUACGCCGACAAGUCGGUAAUAGAGUUUAAUAUAUAAUUAAAAGAGUUAUUUUGAAUGGGACAAUUGCCAUUGUCCUUUAACUGGAAAUAUAAGUCCUAGCUGCGUUAGUGUUGGAUAAUAAUCUGGGUUCGAUUUGGCUUCAAGAAAAAGUUAGGUAGUUUAUCUGAAGGUAGCGUUCCAGUUAUAUACAUUUAGCCUACCGCAACAUGUGCUGGUGUCCAGGACAUUUUCCGCGCGUUCACAGCGGCUUGUUCUGGUGACGUAAUCAAUACGUCAGACGCAAGAGAUGGCUUUCUUUCCGUGAUAGAUUGCCUUCGCCUUUGAUUUACUAAACUUUUCUCUGCGUUCACGAUAUCACUGACUAAGGAGCUACGGCGCCGUCCAGAUUCAGGUCGAGACUUGUAACUUUCUGUAAAUAGAGCAAGGCCAAACACAGUUAAAGGCAAGAAAUCUUAUACAGACUAUUUAGGGAGCCGUCUUAAAAUUUCGACACUUUUCCCUACAUGAAGGGGGGACGACGUAAAGAACCAACGAAAACAUAUCUUUGAAUAGACAAUUCCCAUUAUAGACUAAUUUUAAAACUAGGCAAGGAGAUGCAAAUAAAUCACCACAGCUAGAAAGAGCAUACUAAAAUGAGUAAAAUUGCAAAGUUUGUUGCGAAAUGUUGUAAAAUGCGGAAAAUAUAGCUUUGCAAAUUUUGUCUACUUUUGUGUUGCGUGCGGAAAUUGCUACCAUUUUCGGCCCAAAUGUGGUAUAGCAAUUUCUGCACGCAGAACCAAAGUACACAAAAUGAGCGAAUUUUCGAAUUUUGCAAGGCUAUAUUUUUUUCGCGUUUUAGAACAUUUCGCAACCAAACUUUGCAAUUUUACUCAUUUUAGUAUGCUCUUUCCGGGAAUAUAAUUUUUUUGCCAAGAUAAAAAAAAUUAGUCUAUAAUGGGAAUUGUCUAUUGGAAGUAUUGAUUUUUUAUGAUUUAUAAUUAUAACCAAUAUUCAUAUAGCAAUAACUUUAAUUUUCAAAUUAAAAUAGGUGCUGAAACACCUGGCCAAUUACAGUAAAACUGACUGAGACGAUAAAUUUGACAUGAGAAAAAUAUAAUCAUUCAUCUACUGCACGGAAAUCGUUUUGCCGGUAUAAUAAUAACUUGAAAAGUACAACCUAUUGAUUGAAAACUUACCAUCAUACUGAUAUUGUUUCACUCUUGAUUUUGUCGCAAUAUUUGAUGCAAUCGUGGCCACUUCAUCCUGGAAACUAAUUCUCCUUUGACUUGGCUGGGCUAUGGACCCACGUUUUUCAUCUCCUAAUUCACAAGCAGAUAAAAUGUUUGUCCUUUUUGUCAAUCUCACAAUAAAAUCCACAAGAAGGCACAUCAAUAGCCACUUUCUGAAUUUGCUACCUGGCAAUAUAGAAACUGCUUAUUUACAAUCGAUUACAAUUUUCGCCCCGAUUUCAAGCUAUUGUUUCGUGUACAAUGGACCAUUUGCAUUAUAGACUAAAUUUUGAUCUAGACAAAAAUUUCAUCACAGCUUGAAAGAGCAUCACAAAAUUAGUAAUAUUCCAAAGUUUCGUUGCGAAAUGCUGUAAAAUGCGGAUAAUAUAGCCAUGCGAAGUUUGCCGUUUUUCAGUCAUUUUGUAUUACGCACGGGAAAUUGGCAGCCCAAUCGGGUGUUGGGGCAUCAAUUUCCCGUUUGUAAUACAAAAUGAAUGAAAAUUGCAAAUUUCGCAAGGCUAUAUUAUCCGCAUUUUACAACAUUUCGCAACGAAACUUUGGAAUAUUACUAAUUUUGUGAUGCUCUUUCAAGCUGUGAUGAAAUUUUUGUCUAGAUCAAAAUUUAGUCUAUAAUGCAAAUGGUCGAUUAAAGUCGAAGAGAUCUCGUAUUCUUUGCUUCAAGAAACAGUUUUCUCUAAUAUUUCAGAAUGUUGCCUUUGUGUGUAUGCACCAGGGAUGA